AAUGGAUUCUCAUGAAGAAGCAACGGCACCGGAGGAGAGUCUUAAUGCUUCUCCAUCUGCAGUUCAGCCAGCCUCCUCAGAGCCCAUAGCAACAGAGGCUCACAUGGGCGUCCAUCAGCUGUCCACUUCCAGGAUCCAGAUGGAGAUGUUGUCAUUGCGUGACUACAUUAUGGAUCUCAGUAAAGAGGAAUGGGAUUCAUUUUCUGAUGCUAUGAUCAACCCUGUGACAAAGGCACAUUUUCUUGAAGUGUGCUUGAUCGUAGCUAAACAUGUUACUUUGAGUGCACUUAAAGUCAUCAUGCCAAGCCUUGCCAGGUGGAUAGGAGAGGACCCAGAAUUUUUGAUGACACCAGACCAGAGCCAUGGCUAUGUAAAUGUCAUCGGUACUAGGCCAAAAAAUCCAUCAAUAACCUACAUUGAAGAUGAUCAGGAUGUUAUCGAACUUAAUAAGGGGGUCCUUACCAAGGUCAUCCCUAAAGCAGGUAGCAGGUCAUCUCUAAGAUCCUGUGAUGAGCCACUCAUGAGCUCACACAGUUCUUCUGGAAAGAGGUCCAGCACCUUCCUGCAAAUUACUUCAUUGCCCCAGCAUGGAAUCACAAAGGAACAUAUCCUGCACAAUGUCCAGAGGAGUCUUACCAAAUUGAAUGAUGCUGGCUUGACUCCAGAUUCAGAAGAAUGGAUUGACGCCAUUGUGACAGAAGUCACACAAACAAUACAUUCCACCUUUUCCAAGACCAGGCCAGACUUGCAAAACUCAUCAAGAUUUGCACUUUCACUUCAAAAGAUCAAAAGCAUUGAACUGAUGAAAAAUAUUUCUUUGAAGUUGAAAACAUAUAUAUCUCAACAACACAAACCCUCUAAAAAACAGCCUUCUUCUCUUGUGGAAGACGUUGAAAACAAUUCCAUUUUGGUUUCAACUACUGCAGAGGCAAUGACUACCAUCAUACAGGAAAUGGAAAGAUGUUUGGAUGGAAUUGACAGAACCCAUCCUACUAAAAAACUACUUACGACUAUGAAGAGGGCUGUUAAAAUGCUGGCUUGCCAAAGUGUUUCUUCGAAGGAUAUCCCUGCUUUUGGUACUCAUGAUACCGAUGACCUUGGUGAGCUCAACGUUUCUAAGAAAGAAAAGCUUGGCCAGAAUUCAGGUCAAGGUUCAGGCAUUACAUUCAGGCUCUCAAGUGACCAAUUCCGCGCAAAGGCAAAGAAGGCUAUCAGUGAUGUUCUCACUGAAAAGGUCAAACUAGUGCAUUCCACGUCUUCAGCUGGACCUUGUUUUCCAGAGAGUAACAUCAUUAUGGAAGACAAGGAUCUUUCCUCUAGCUGCUCUCCUCAUCCAGUUCACUCUGUUGGUUCUGUGAUCGUCAACGCAUUUGUGGAGGAGAUAACAUCUAUAAUAGAAUCCACUGAAUGUGCAAGAGAAUCACUUACAAAUGAGGAAACAGCUAGUGACACCCAAUUCGGUGAGCCCUCGGCGGUACCAAUUACUCUAAAAAAUCAGACUGUUGAAGCGGCCAAAGGGCUUUACAACAAAGUCCAACGAAAGAUCGGGGAGUUUUUCAAGAACCCACUGAUUCUGUGGCGCAAAAGCAUGCUUUUCCUGCUCAGAACCGUCAGUACUCUGGUGUUCAACCAACCAGUACUUGCAGCGAGCAGCUUCAGCCCCAUACCAGGCCAUUUCUCAGAAAGACACAUAGUGAUGGCACACAUAGUGUGGCUUUAGGUGAAUUUAAUUUGACCCAGACUCAGAUUGAUGAAUGCACGAAAGAAGCCUUGAAAGGGAUCCUUACCACCUUUUGUCUGAGUCAGAGGAACCAUCUUUAUUCUUAAGCACAUCGGCUGACACGUUUGUGGAAAAUGUCAUUUUCCAACUGGAUGAUCUGAUCUCUUCAACCUCUUUAAUGACCUUAGAGAACAGCAGUGACCAAUCCAACAAGAACUUGUUUGAGAAUGUCACAAGGGCCUCUGAUUCAACAUCCAGAAAGUCUUCUUUCCUGGCAUGUCUUCAAAAAAUGUCUAUCAAAGGGUUUCAA